UUUUAAGGUUCUGUGACUUGCAAAGUUGAGAAAAUGGCGUCAACGGGAAUGUUUGGAAAUGGAUCUCCUGGUGCUCUCUGGUCUGGUGGCCCAACGCCUGGACAAUUUUAUAAUUUUCCUGGUGGUAAAAACAUGCCUUGCAAUGGAUCUUCAGAGCGCACGCUGAACCCCAUUGUUAUGGGAUCAUCUGUACUUGGGGUUCAGUAUAAUGGUGGUGUUGUGAUUGCUGCAGAUAUGCUUGGCUCAUAUGGUUCCCUCUCAAAAUAUCGUGACUGCCCUAGGCUUCUGAAGGUGAACGACACAACAGUGAUUGGAGCAUCAGGAGAUUAUGCUGAUUUUCAGUAUCUUUCAAAUAUUAUUGAACAACAAGUUAUUGAUGAAGAAUGUCUCAAUGAUGGGUUUGGCUACACACCAAAAAGUCUACAUUGCUGGUUGACAAGAGUUCUGUACAACCGCCGCAGCCAGUUCAAUCCAUUGUGGAAUACAUAUGUCGUCGCUGGUAUUGAUGAGGGCAAGCCAUACCUGGGUUAUGUUGACAAAAUAGGAAUGGCUUAUGAGGCUCCAUCUAUGGCUAGUGGUUUUGGUGCUUAUCUGGCUCUGCCCAUUAUUCGUGAUGCCAUGGAGAAGAAGCCUGACAUGACCAAGGAUGAGGCCGUCCAACUGAUUGACAGGUGUAUGAAACUUUUGUUCUACAGAGAUGCCAGGGCCCUCAACAAGUAUCAAUUAGCCGUUAUUACAAAAGAAGGAGUGGAACUUAAAGGACCUAUUGUAUCUGAUACAAACUGGGAGAUUGCUCAUAUGAUCAAAGGCUAUGAAUAGUCUGCCACAAGCAACAGAGUGAAUCAUCUUUCAAGUUAAUCCACUUCAUUGAAAAUUAGAGGAAAAUAUAUGUUGUUUUGUAAUUAAAAGUUAUGUUAAAAAUGUGUAUGUAUGGUGUGUGGGUGGUUUUAUUAAAUUGAACCUUAAACUGCA